AUGCGUUGGUAUCACGCGGCCACCCUGCUUUCCGCGGCUGUUUCUGCUACUUUGAACUUGAAACAGUAUAAACCAUCGCUCUCUCAGCAGCAGUUUCCGAGCCCGGAGGAAGACGUACCUCAAAAUGUUGUGAACAAGGUGCAAGGGGAACCGAAAUUUCUCACCAACAAGACUCGGAAAUACGUGGUCAACGGCACCAAGAUUCCCGAAAUCGAUUUCGACGUUGGCGAAUCGUACGCGGGGCUGCUCAACAUUGAUAAGACCAAUGAUACGGCCGGACAGUUGUACUUUUGGUUCUUCCCGUCCGAGAGCCAGGCAGCCAACAAAGAGAUUCUCAUCUGGCUGACAGGAGGUCCCGGCUGCUCUUCAACAGGAGAGCUUCUAUCAGAGAAUGGCCCAAUGCUGUGGCAACCGGGCAUGCUGAAGCCCAUCAGAAACAAAUGGAGCUGGCACCGGAUCACCAACGUAGUUUGGAUAGACCAGCCUAUUGGCGCAGGGUUCUCGCAGGGUGUGCCUAGCGCCAAGGACGAGUUCGACGUAGCUCGACAGUUCCUCGGCUUCUGGCGCAACUUCAUCGACACCUUCGCCAUGCAGGGAUACAAAAUCUACGUCACCGGCUCUUCCUACAGCGGAAUGUACUGCCCGUACAUUGCCAGUGCCAUGGUUGACAGCAACGACGAGAACUAUUUCAACGUUGCGGGCAUGCAGAUCUUUGACGGAGUAUACUCGGUCGACAGCGUUGGUGAAGAGAUCCCCGUGGCGUCCUUCAUUGACAGAUGGGAUAAUGUGCUUGCAUUCAACGAUUCCUUCCGCCGGACGGUGAAGGACGCCAGUGCAAAGUGCGGCUACGACGAGUACAUGCGUAAAUACCUCGUCUACCCGCCGGCAGGCCUACAACCGGGGAUGCCCCCGGGAGUCGACGAAGAUGGAAAUGUCAAACCGGAGUGCGAUGUGUGGACCAUGGUCCUGGGUGCUGCGAUGGAGAUCACGCCAUGCUUCAGCGUUUAUACCGUCACCAACCUGUGCCCGCUCAAGUACGAUCCCCUGGGGUUCACUGACGGCUUUAUGUACAGGCCGAAAGGAGCUGGGCCGGUGUAUUUCAACCGAGAGGAUGUCAAGCGCGCCAUCAACGCCCCCGUGGACAAGCAAUGGGAGUUUUGCAGCGAGACGCCUAUCUUCUUCAAUUCGACUGACAACUCAAUCAAAGAAGGACCGGGCAGCCAACCUGUGCUGCCCAACGUAAUCGACAAGACCCGCAACGUCAUCCUCGCCCACGGCACCAAAGACUUCGUACUCAUCGACGACGGCACGCUUCUCACAAUCCAGAACCUGACGUGGGGCGGACAACUCGGGUUCCAAACGAAGCCAACGGCGCCGCUCUAUGUGCCGUACCACCGUAACAACAACCCGGAGAGCCUUGCCGGCGCGGGCGUGAUGGGAACGGUACAUUCCGAGAGGGGAUUGACGUAUCUUGCCGUCUCCACAGCAGGCCAUUUCUUAGCACAGGACGCGCCAGCCGUCGCGUUCCGCAGUGUCGAGGUGCUGGUGGGCCGGAGGGAUGGGUUCGAGUCGACGAAUGCGUCCUUCACCAUCGGCGGAAACGCGACGAUGCCGACGGGAGACGUCGGCAACGGCACCGUGCUGAUGUUCCCACAGUCCAUGGAGCCCCGCUGCGGCCAGUUAUCUGGUGCUGCCCCGAGAAAGAGUGACGGUAUGACGACGGCGCGGGUGGCGAGCGGUCAGGCCGCCUUCGCUCUGGGCCUGGCGAUUAUUCUGUCUGUCCUUAUGGGGGUCUGA